AUGGAGAAGUCAAGUAGUGAGGAUUCUUCAAUUCACCGUAGUCCAUCUUUGGAUAGCAAGGACUCGGACUUUGCUAAACCUUCUACCUCAGGCAGGCAGUUUGGUCGAGGUUUUACUGCUGGAGCUUUUUACGGCACUGCUGGAUCACGCACACAGAGCCACACCAGGGCUGGAACAGGGACCGGCAUUGGAACUGGGACUGGCAUAAAAAGUGACAAAUACAAUGCACCGAAAGGCAGCAAAUAUGUGGUGUUUUACCUGGAUCUAUCUUUUGUUUUCCUUUUAGAAUUUAAGAAGUGCAACAUGGCAAGAGGCUGCCUGUGUUGUUUGAAAUACAUGAUGUUCCUUUUCAAUUUAAUGUUUUGGUUAUGUGGCUGUGGACUGUUGGGCGUGGGAAUAUGGCUAUCGGUGUCACAAGGAAACUUCGCCACAUUUUCUCCCAGCUUUCCAUCAUUUUCGGCUGCCAACCUUGUCAUUGCCAUUGGUACAAUCAUCAUGGUGACCGGUUUUUUGGGGUGUCUGGGUGCUAUCAAGGAAAACAAGUGCCUCCUUUUAAGUUUUUUCAUCAUUUUGCUGAUAAUUCUCCUGGCAGAGCUGAUAUUACUCAUUUUGUUCUUUGUUUAUAUGGACAAGGUCAAUGAGAAUGCAAAGAAGGAUUUGAAAGAAGGCCUUCAGCUUUACAAUACAGAAAAUAAUGUGGGGCUGAAGAACGCAUGGAAUAUCAUUCAGGCAGAGAUGCAUUGCUGUGGGGUUACUGAUUAUACUGAUUGGUUCCCUGUCCUGGGGACAAACGUCGUCCCAGACCGAUGCUGUAUGGAAAAUUCCCAAGAUUGUGGACGGAAUUCUACUGAUUUAGUGUGGAAAACGGGAUGUUACGAGAAAGUUAAAAUGUGGUUUGAGGAUAAUAAGCAUGUUCUCGGGACAGUUGGGAUGUGUAUCCUCAUAAUGCAGAUACUUGGCAUGGCCUUCUCCAUGACACUCUUCCAGCAGAUUCAUAGGACUGGUAAAAAAUACGAUGCCUAAAUCUUCAAAAUGUUAACUGCAUCUACACUUCUGUCUUGCCAUUAAAAACAAAGCAAAACAACUGAAACGAAAAAUCCAGCUUUGCUCUGCUGAAGGCAUUCAUCCCACCGAUCCAUCUACGUCAUCAUUACUUGACUGAUUACUAGCACAACUUGCUACUGGACUUAUUUUUUUGUUUCUGUUUUGCAUUUGCCAUUUAUUUGCCAAAGAAGAAAAGGAAAAAAUAAUAAAAACAAAUCAGUUUUCUACACUAAUUCAUAGAUCUGUUAAACUUUUCCCUAACUUUAUUUAAGAAAAUGCUUUGCUCUACUAAUUGUUGUUAGACGUGCAAGGAUAACGUGACAGAUGUGUGUUUAACUUCUAGGUAGAAUUCUUUGAAGUCUUCUGAUCAGUCUCAAACUGCUCAUGUCUGACAUACUGGAAGACUUGAGAAAGCCACUCAGACUGAGAGCCCUAGGAAUCAGAGCUGCUCACGUGCAGUUUUUUGUACCUUAUGGUGUAUACUUUUUUAUUAUAGAGAUUGCUUAGAAUUUAGUAGCCUGAUUUGUAACUUCUUACAGUUUUGUUUUACAUCUGUCAUAUUUUAAUCUAGGAACCACUGUGCGAUUUUUGAAGGACACAUUUUUAUCAUUAGUUUAAAAGGUGGAAAUAAAGACAUGUCUGUUCUAAAGUCCCUAGGGAGGUUACAUUUAACUGCAUCUUCUGAGCUACCGUGGGUUUGUACCCUUACUAUAUUGAUGACAGUCCUUUCAAUCAGGUGGCUCAGUACUUGAGGCCAGAUUGGGUUACCCUUACUCUCACUGGGCUAAAUGGUGAACCCCUUACUCUCAGUGAGCUAGAUUGUGAUGCCUUUAUCCACAAUGAGUAGCACCUUACUCCUCAGGUAGGCCCAUUGAAUGGGACUACUUUCAGCAUGAUACUAUUCAGUGUGAGUAAGUGUAUCAGGUGAGUAACUGCUCACCAGCACCAGGAAGGGGCUUACUCUCUGGCCCAUUGAGUAGUAGUUUACUUUCCAAGUAGUCCCAUUGAUUUCAAUGGGAUGGCUUAUCGUGCACGGUGCUGUACAUCAUAAGGGGAGCACAAUCGGUUCAUUGUCAGUUUUCCUGAAAGGCGUUUACUUGACAAUGGUUGCAGUUUUGCCAGGCUGGCGAGGUAGCUUUUGAACAACCCCGGAGGUAUAAAGCUGGUUAAAGGCAAGUGGGGGAAUGGUGCGCCGUAUGUCCCAAGAGAGCGGGAAAGGCGUGAUUUACGUUUUCACUUUGAAAUCAGUUGCUCAGAUAGGUGCUCAGAACCUGUUUGUAUCUUUGCACAUACAGUGUUGACUUUUGUCUUCUGUUUUCCAAGUCAGACGUACUACAUGGUAGUUCAGAACUCAUGACAACACACAUUUCUACCGACAUUCCUGCUAGAAAACUUGAACAUAUUCCUCUCUAGUUUGAAUGCUGCUUCUUUCAUAGUGACCCCUGCUUGACUUUUUUUGUUAUUGUUUUUUUGGCAGAGGUCUUUCUUACAUUUUGCUGCUUCACGAAGGAAAGUAUGAAUGAAAAUGAAACUUCAGUCAUUUUGUGGACACUCUGGUUUUAUUUUAGUCAGACGUUUACUAUAAAACUUAGUGGUAAUUUAAAAAUACAUUUUAAAGCUAAUUUAUUACCUGCUGCUUACAGAUUUGAGGUCCUUAUUCUCAUUUACCCGAAGCACCUUUACACCUCUCUGGCAGCGUAAAUGGGCCUUGAAGUGAGUGUAAAUGUACUUUAUGCCAACUUUAAGGCGCCUUUACAUAGAGUGAUGUAAAGGGGCAUUAAUGUAAGUGACAAUCAGGCCCUGAGAAUCUAGUCCACCAUUUUCAAACUUGGCUGCCUACCAAUAGGCAUCUAAAUUGAUAUCUAGGCAGGUCACUUCUUUAGAUAACUUUCAGAGUGGUUGAGCUCCUACCUACAGGUUGCAUAGAAGUCAGUGGCACUGCAGGGGCUCAGGCUCUUGGAAAAUCAGGCCACAUACCGGUAUUUACAUGCCUAGAAUGUAGAAUUAGGUUCCUAACUUGAGGCCCUCAAGGUUGAAGAAGUUGGGUCUAAUGCACAUAUUAUUGGUGCAGGAUAAUACAAUCCGUCCUUCCUGUUUGGUUGCGUAUACCCACCCUUUAGUUAUUCUUCCACUGGCCGUAUUGGUGACUGCUGCUUCAUUCAUAUUUCCUUUUAAAGACUUGAGGAAGGAGGAGGGGGAAAAUAUAGACAAAACCUGGUUUACUUUAAUUGUAACAAAAAUUGGGACCAUGUGUGCUUGAGCUCCGUUUGAGACAUUCUGUGUCAAGAAUGGGAGCUCCGGCACUGAGCAUAUUUGCUGCUAUGUGUAAAAUAGUCUCCAAAGUUUCCAAAAAAAAAUGACAAGCUUUGAAUUUUUGCAUUUUAAAAAAUGUCUAUCUUUAAUCCAUAGCUCUACUUCUUUAUCUUUUAUGGUAGGGUUAUUUUGCUUUCUCUUGUAAAAUACCAAUGUUUUCUCUCUCAGACAAACAUAGAAGGGUGGAAAAAUAAGCAAGACCAGGAUGCUAAUCCUUCUAAAGUCGCACAGUGGUACCUAUUGAAAUCUUACAUUUUAAUCUGUGGUUGGUUUUUGUAAUAAAAUAAAAAAAAAUAGAAAGCAAAAUGCAUUUAUACAAGUAACCAUGAAGGCAAAAUACAUAGUGGAAAACUAAAGCUAUUUUGCCUUCCCUUAAAACUUAUUUUUUGUAGAAUGCUCAGUUAUGUUUUAUGACCUGAUAGCAAGAUAGAUAUUGAAUUUUUUUUUUCAUGAAUUCUUUUAGCAUUUUAAGUACAGUAUUAACAGAGAUAAUUACACAAACAGUAUUGGCAAGUCUCGCUUUAGCUGACUAUGGAAAGGGAAUUAAGCAAAUUAAGUAAACAAUUAGCAUUAUAGUACAGUAGCUGAAUAUCAAACCAUAUAACGGGAAAACCUGUGUUUUGAAAACAAAGAAAAAGCAAUACUGUUCUUAAGGUGACAAAAGCCAGCCAUAAAAAAAUCAUUAGAUUGUAUUUGUUGGUAUAUAUCAGAGAAGAUACUAAUUGUCCUUUGAGUGUUUAGUGAAAGGGAUAUCAAUCUUGUUUAAAAAUGCACUUUUUUUGCUUGCAUUGGUGGAUGGCUGUCUGUGCAUUUUUCCAAAACAUUGCUUUGAUUAUUUAACUACACAUUUUUAGCAUGUUUUUAAAUAAAAACUGAUACUGAGUAAAAGUAUUUUAAGUGUAUACAAAUGUUGAUUUGUAUUUAUAUAUGCAUAUAUAUAUAUAUAUAUCAUUGAAGCUCAGUUCAACUGUAUCAAAGUUUUGUUGCUUUUUAAAGUGUCAUUUUAGAAUUUUGCAUACAUGAUAUUUUGUUGUGCUUUUUGCACCCAGGUUUUUAUAUAUAAGCUUAAACUGUAGAGGAGCUUAAAAUCUGAUUGAUACAUUUUUGGAUUUCAGAGAGGCGGGUAAGACUUAUAGCAGUAGAGUGUGUCCAUAUUUAAUUCAGUAGCAGUGUCAGAACUGUCAAGAGGGAAAAGGGCUUUUUCUUUAUGACAGGUAACUGCUUACACUUCCAAGCAUGUGGCUUUCAAAUCCUGGGUGCAUAAUGUCCAGAAACCAGGGCUAUUUUCCUCAGUCUGGCCCUUUAUGUUUACCUGUAUUCCUAAUUAAGAAACAAGGCCAGAGUGCAUUUUAUUUCUACAAUUAAUUACAGUGGCUACUUCAGAAAACCGUUAGCCAAAUGUAACAGGGACUCAUUCUCUAGGGGAAAUAGGAAGCUCAUAAGACUGAGGGUAAGUGGCUAAGGUUCAGAGAUUCAGCGCUACAGGUCUGAUCUUGCAGGGUGCUAAGUUGUGAGAUGUGAGGUGAGGUGCUAAGUUGUGCAUUCUUAGUUUCAUUGACUUCAAGGGCAGUUGAUGGUGCCCAGUUGACCUCACUCCUGUCCCUGUUAUCUCAUUAGUUGUUCCCCCGGAAUCAUUUGGCUUCCAGGUCCUGUGGAUCCUCCCCUUAGGCUGGGGGGAGGUCCUUUAGCAGUGGGCUUAUGCCCGCCCACUUCCUGGAUCCCAAUAGGACCUCAGACUCCAAGCCUCAGGAGAACGAAACAAAAUAUUUCUAAAAGUUAAGUCAGACAGUUUUCUGGCAUGGCGUUGCCAAAUCUUUAACUUUUGACUGUAGCAGAGUAAGUGCCCUGAAAUUAUAUGCUUAAAGCAAUUGCUACAGGAGUUCUCAAAGCAGCUGUUGGGAGCAAAUUUAAAGAAGGUGACCAUUGAUGAGAUUUCUGAUCGCUUCAUGUUUCACUUGACAAGAAAUGGCUCUAAACUGUUAUUUGUUAAGGCAGUCAGAAAGGUUAAAAAUAAGUAACCCGCCAAAGGGUAUGUUUGGGGAAGAAAGGGGGCUUGGGCUUAGACCCCUCUUUUGCUUUUAUAAAGAAGGGCCAAAUACUUUUUGAUGUUCUUUUGUUGGCGGCAGGGGGUGUUCCCUUGUUUUCCCCUCGCCUUUUACUUUGCAAGUAUCAGGACAUUAAAUUCUGUGUUUUUCUGGAGGACUUGUUGGGGGGUCUUGGGUAACCUUUCUCCAGAAUUUUACUUAGUGACUGGAGUUACAUACAAAAGAAUGUGGGGGGGAUGUGCUGGCCACCACUUCCCACUGCUCCCAUUGGCCGGGAACAGCGAACUGCAGCCACUGGGAGCUGUGGGGGGCUGUGCCUGCAGACAGUCAACGUAAACAAAAUGUCUUGCGGCCCGCUAGCAGAUUACCUUGGUGGGCCACAUGCCGAAGGUUGCCGACCCCAAAGUAUUCAUGGUGCAGGGAUGCUCAUUUGGCCCAAUAUACAUUGUCUGUGAGGACAGUCUCCUGGAAACAGUAAGAAUUCAUUGUUAAAAGGUUGGCUUAACAUACAAACCAGAGGUGCUUAAAGGUGUUUAGUCCACUCUACUGUAGUUGACAUCACUGUGAGAGAAUUAAAAAAUAACUCACUCCCCAAUAAUUUCUUAUGUAGUCAAGGCAAUGCGUUUCGGUACCAUACUUUCAGGAGCCUGUGUGCACUUUUGUGUGCUAGCGUACAUGCACAAUUGGCCAGGUUUACAGCUCCAUGUCCACACGCACUGAAUUCUGAUCUUUGCUUUAUUGCUGAUCUCGGCUUGUACCCUCAGCUACUUAACCAGUUCCACUUUUAGAAAUGCCAGGUUUUAAGGCUUGUGGGGUUACUAAGGGUAUGUCUACACAGCAGCUAGACACCUGCUCCUGGCCCAUGCCAGCAGACUCAGGAUUGCAUGGCUCGGGCUAUGGAGCUGCUUCAUUGCAAUGUGCACUUCUGGGCUCAAACUCUGGGACCCUCCCACAUCGCAGGGUCCGAGAGUCCAGACUCCAGCCCGAGCCCAGAAGUGCACACUGUAAUGAAGCAGCCCCGCAGCCUGAGCCUGAGUCGCCUGGCCCGGGCCAGCUGGGGGUUUUUCAUUGUAGUGUAAACAUACCCUUAGGGGGCUGUAGUGCUGGGAGGCUGUGCAGAGUUUCUGGUACUGGGGAAUCAGGAACAGGUUGAGACUAUUGCCUGGAACAAGAACCCCAGCACCAGAUACCCGCUUGAUUUGCUUCCCCAAUGCCAGUUGUUUUGACUGUCAACCUGGGAAGGAAGGGUUGUCCUGGAAUGAAUACUGUCAGAAUAAGAGUUUGAACCUUCAUGGAGUUAGAAAUGGGGAGACUGGGAGGGACAGAGGCAGGGAAUUGGCUGCGGGGAGGGUGUUUUCCAGGGGUAGGGCAAAAUUGUGGGAAGCUUAGGGAAUUACUUGUAAUAGGGUCUUGGCUAGGGAGGGAGCGGGGAGGAUCAGUGCUUCACCGUUAGGGGCUGCCCAUAAACCACGUAACUCAUGAGGGGUGGAUGAGUCCUUAAUUUUGAGUGUCCAUCUCAGUGUUGCAAGGGUAGGUGGAUCUUGGAAAUCACUGAAAAAUUAGUUACCUAAAUGAUGGACAGCCCCCUAGUCAUGGCUGUGUUAAAGGGGAGAGAGGAGGGGGCUGAGGAACUGAAGAUGAUACACCAAAUAGAAAUGUAGGUGCCUUUAGCACCUCAAACCAAAUAUCAAAUUGAGAACAUUUGGUGACAUUACCCAACAUUGAUAGCUGUGAUCGUGCUGGUGUAAAUAAAGUGCACUCUUUGUCCAUUGGUAGGUUAAAUAGUAGGUAUUAAAACCAAGUCACAAUUAUACUCAAGUGAACGUCAAUUGCCUUUAGAGUUUUAUCUUGUGCAUGUUGCAUUGAGUGACUGAGUUCCGACAAUGUAUCUGUAGUAGAAUAAUAUGCCGAAAAGCGCAUUUGAAAGUCACAAGUGGAGUGUAAUGUAACUCAUCCACUCAGUAUUUUUGAUACCGUACAUUUAGACAAACUAAGCAUAUCAUUUGUAUUGCAUCAAAGAUGCUGUGGUUUGUUGGAAUAAAGAUGGCAAGGAGAAAAAGGACAUUUUCCCAACAAAUAUAUUUCUGGCAAUGUGGUCUGUGUGUAAAAGGGAAUUGGGGGGAAGCAGAAUGCAAUAAGGCACAAUUAGUGUCCCGAAAUAAUUUCCUUUUAAACUUAAUUUGUUGGCUUCGUCACUUAGCUCUUGUGUGAAACAUGGAGAUAUUUUUAUACCAGAAAUACACUUGCAGACCCAGAACAUUUGUAUGUGUGGUAGCUAUUAGAACCUAAUGUGCCAUUCCAUCCAGGUUACGUUCACACCGGUGUUCCUUCUAUGCAAUACCUACUUUAGCCUUUGUACAAAUUAUUUUGUAUUAGUAUUACAUACAAAAAUAAAGGACAUAAGAAAAGGGA